AUGGAUGUUUUAGCUCGUGUUUGCGAUAUUUUGCAGGCUAUUAUAAAUAAUAACAGUACGGACGAUGUGACUGUAGAUAUUCCAGAGGAUUUAGAUGAAUCUAGCACUGAACAAUUUAAAAAUUAUCUCUACAAUGCUGGUUUUACUUCUAAUAAUGGAAAUAAAACAAAUACCCUAUAUUUAUCUCGUCGGAAUUUAGACUUGAGUAGAGUUAAGAGAUGUCUUACGGUUGUUCAACAGGAUAUGAAUAUGAAAGUCAAGAGUAGAAGAAAUAAGGGUGAUACAUUAAGUAAAAGUGAUCAACUUGAGAAAGAGUUAGCUUCAAUUAGAGCUGAGAGAGCAUUAAAGUAUCAAGAAAGUAAUACACGAAGUGUAUCUCUUGCAGUUGAGGAAAGAAGGUCUACUCGUUUGAGUAUGAGGAGAAUAUUUAACUUUAACUGGUUCUCCUCAUUAUUCCAAUCAAGAAGGGAAUCUACACCUAGAAAUCGAAUAAUUACUGAUUCAAAUUAUUAUAGAUCUAAAACUCCUUGCUGUGGCCGUGGAUGUGGUUUAUAA